AUGCGGACCCCGCGAGCGCCCCCUCCCUGCUCGGCCCUACUGCUCCUGCUGCUGCAACUGGGGGGCUCCCACAGCCUCUUCCCCGAGGAGCCGCCGCCACUUAGUGUGGCCCCCAGAGACUACCUGAACCACUACCCUGUAUUCGUGGGCCGCGGACCUGGACGCCUGACGCCCGCAGAGGGUGCUGAGGAUCUCAAUAUCCAGCGGGUCCUGCGGGUCAAUAGGACGCUGUUCAUCGGAGACAGGGACAAUUUAUACCGAGUGGAGCUGGAAUCCCCCACGUCCACGGAGCUGCGGUACCAGCGGAAACUGACCUGGCGCUCGAACCCCAGUGACAUCGACGUGUGCAGAAUGAAAGGGAAGCAGGAGGGCGAGUGUCGAAACUUCGUAAAGGUGCUGCUACUUCGUGACGAGUCCACGCUCUUCAUGUGUGGAUCCAACGCCUUCAACCCCGUGUGCGCCAACUACAGCAUGGACACAUUACGGCCCAUCGGGGACAACAUCAGUGGCAUGGCACGCUGCCCGUAUGACCCCAAACACGCCAACGUCGCCCUCUUCUCUGACGGGAUGCUCUUCACAGCCACUGUCACUGACUUCCUGGCCAUCGACGCUGUCAUCUACCGCAGCCUGGGGGACCGGCCCACUUUGCGCACCGUGAAACACGACUCCAAGUGGUUCAAAGAGCCCUACUUUGUCCACGCGGUUGAGUGGGGCAGCCAUGUCUACUUCUUCUUCCGGGAGAUCGCGAUGGAGUUUAACUACCUGGAGAAGGUGGUGGUGUCCCGCGUGGCCCGGGUGUGCAAGAAUGACAUGGGGGGCUCCCCGCGUGUUCUGGAGAAGCAGUGGACGUCCUUCCUGAAGGCACGUCUCAACUGCUCGGUGCCCGGGGACUCCCACUUCUACUUCAACGUGCUGCAGGCUGUCACCGGGGUGGUCAGCCUGGGGGGCCGGCCCGUGGUCCUCGCCGUCUUCUCCACCCCCAGCAAUAGCAUCCCUGGCUCGGCCGUCUGUGCGUUCGACAUGACACAGAUGGCUGCUGUGUUCGAAGGCCGCUUCCGGGAGCAGAAGUCCCCCGAGUCCAUCUGGACGGCCGUGCCGGAAGACCAGGUGCCACGGCCCCGGCCUGGAUGCUGUGCGACUCCUGGCACGCAGUACAACACCUCCAGUGCCCUUCCCGACGAGAUCCUCAACUUUGUCAAGACGCACCCCCUCAUGGACGAGGCCGUGCCCUCGCUAGGCCACGCUCCCUGGAUCGUGCGGACGCUGAUGAGGCACCAGCUGACUCGGGUGGCUGUGGACGUGGGCGCUGGCCCCUGGGGCAACCAGACCGUGGUCUUUCUGGGAUCCGAGGCGGGCACCGUUCUCAAGUUCCUCAUCCGGCCCAAUGCCAGCACCUCGGAGGCCACGGGGCCCAGUGUCUUCCUGGAGGAGUUUGAGACCUACCGGCCGGACAGGUGUGGACAGUCCAGCGGAGGCAAGACAGGGCGGCGACUGCUGAGCCUGGAGCUGGACGCGGCCUCGGGUGGCCUGCUGGCGGCCUUCCCCCGCUGUGUGGUCCGUGUGCCGGUGGCCCGCUGCCAGCAGCAUUCAGGAUGCAUGAAGAACUGUAUCGGCAGCCAGGACCCCUACUGCGGCUGGACCCCCGACGGCUCCUGCAUCUUCCUCAGCCCUGGGACCAGAGCCACCUUUGAACAGGACGUCUCAGGGGCCAGCACCUCAGGUUUAGGGGACUGUACAGGGGUGCUGCGGGCCAGCCUCUCAGAGGAGCGCGACGGGCUGGUGUCGGUGAACCUACUGGUGACCUCGUCAGUGGCGGCCUUCGUGGUGGGCGCCGUGGUGUCUGGCUUCAGCGUGGGCUGGUUCGUGGGCCUCCGCGAGCGGCGCGAGCUGGCCCGCCGCAAGGACAAGGAGGCCAUCCUGGCGCACGGCGGCGGCGAGGCCGUGCUUAGCGUCAGCCGGCUGGGCGAGCGCCGCGCCCCGGGCCCGGGCCACCGCGGCGGUGGCGUGGGCGGCGCCGGGGGUCCUCCCGAGGCCCUGCUGGCCCCGCUGAUGCAGAACGGCUGGGCCAAGGCCACGCUGCUGCAGGGGGGCCCCCACGACCUCGACUCAGGGCUGCUGCCCACCCCUGAGCAGACGCCACUGCCCCAGAAGCGCCUGCCCACGCCGCACCCGCACCCGCACGCCCUCGCGCCCCGCGGCUGGGAGCACGCCCACCCCCUGCUGUCCGCCUCCACGUCCUCCUCGCUCCUGCUGCUGGCCCCCGGCCGCGCCCCUGAGCAGCCCCCAGCCGGAGAGGCCCCCGACGCGCGGCUAUACGCGCGCCCAGGGCGCAGCGCGCACUCGGACUUCCCGCUCACCCCGCACGCCAGCCCGGACCGCCGGCGCGUGGUGUCGGCGCCCACGGGGCCCUCGGACCCAGGCUCGGCCUGCGACAGUCUCCCUCGGCCCUGGAGCCCACCCCCGACGGGCAGCCUCCGGAGGCCGGGCCCCCACGGCCCGCCAGCCGCCGCCCUGCGCCGCACACACACUUUCAACAGCGGCGAGGGCCGGUCCGGCGACCGUACCCGUGGCCGCCACGCGCGGCCCAGCACGGACUUAGCGCACCUCCUCUCCUACGGGGGCACAGACAGGACUGCGCCCCCCGUGCCCUAG